AUGGCGUCUGCAGCGGGCUCCGGAGACGAACCGGGCUACGAGCAGGCAAAUGAGGUUCAGAACGAGUCCUAUGGUGGAGUUACCUUGGGACUGGCUGGGCGGGACAAUCCGUUUUCUGGAGAACGCUGGUCCGACGAGGAAGAGUUGAGGCCGGGAAGAAAUCGGAGAGAGGGAGAUAGGACUCCCGAACAACAAGCAGCCGACCUGCUGGAAAGUGCAGAGGCAGCAGAAGGGGCAGAGCCUGACUAUGAUUUUGCAUCUGUGGAAGGGGGCAAUGGUUCUCCAGAUCAGGGCGAGGUUACAGUCUCCGCGGACCGAAGCCGAGUUGCCACGCUGGAUGGGGCUGUACCCAGGAGAAGUGAGGGCGUUGUUCCAGCGAGUGAAGGCACCUCAGCUCAUAGGGACGCUGGUUUUUUCCGGAUUACUGCCACUGGUGGGGCAGCGCUUCUUCGAGGCCCGCAUUCGGGAGAGGGCCAGCAGAUGCAGGCGAGCCCGGGACACAUCAAUGGUGUGGGGGGUCACACUAGAUCUGGGGGAGGCGAUGCAACAAUGAACUGGUGGGAGACUGGUGAAGCCGUCUAUCAUGGCAGGAGCGCCCGACCAGCUGCAUCUGAGUCGACGCGGACCGAGGUCCUGGAGGCUUUGGUCCACCAGCUGAUGGAGCAGAAUGAACACUUGAGAAAUGAAGUGGCUGAAAGCCGCUCCAGAACGUCUGGUGAGUCUGGUAGAGAUAGGUUUGAAUCUGUACAGGGGGAGCGCUCUGUAGUGGAAGAAGGCAUGUUCAGGUGUCAGAGCAAGGAAGCCUUCCAGUCAAACCUCCUGCAGCCCCGUAUGUUCCCGAUGAUAGGUACGGUAGCGACCAAUGGAGAUGUGAUUAUUAACUCGGAGUCUCCCAAGUACUUUGCUCUGCAAGACGGUGACGUGCAAGACGCAGCUCCUCCGCCCCCACCGCCUGUGCCGGCAGGUAUCCGAGCAACGGGGGGCAAGCGGGCAUCAGGUCAAUGCUUCCCCAGCGACGCCAGGUGGAACGAGAUCCUGAACCAGGCCCGCUUGGAGUACGAUAAGUGGAGCAAGGCAAAGCCUUUAGACAGAGCGAAGAUUCUUGGUAAGCCGAAGGGCAGCCUGCUUCAGGAACCGUUUGUUCGGAUUGAGUCUCGGGGGGUGGCUAUGUUGUCAAAGGCGUUACCGAGUGUGGUUUAUGAGCAGGCACUUGCAAACCGAAACGUGACGUGUGUUGGCCUCAUAUUCCUUACAUUGAGAACGUAUCAACCUGGUGGAUUAAAUGAGCGUGCUGAACUGCUUCGUGGUUUGACCAACCUGGCACCCUUUGACUCGGCCAUGAUAGGUGUAAGUGGAUUGCAAAAGUGGUUCCGACAUCUUGAGCGGGCUAAGUCGAUGGGAAUCUCUGUUCCGGAUUCUUCACUUCUGUUGGACAGCUUGGAUAAGGCCUUGACGGGACUACUUCAAGGGAACCCUUCUAUGAAUUUUCGGAUGCAUUCGGUCCGCAUGCAGCUCCAGUUGGACACAAGGCCCCAGCUGGAAACAGUGGAAGAGUUUGCCAGGACGGUGCUGUCAGAGUUAGAGUUGUUGUCGGUGGCAAUGCCGGAUAACGAGGGAAAGGAGACCUCCCAGCAGCGCCCGCUGCAGAAGGGAAGCCAGCCACGGGCGGAUUGCGUUGCACCGGGUGGCGGUAAGUACCAAAAGCCCCAGGGGACGGAGCCUGGGAACAAGGGAAAAGGGAAAUCUGGUAGUGCGGAUGGAGGCUCGGGAGGAAAAGGAAAGAAUGGGGCUGCCUCGAAGGCAUCAGCACCGCAGCCGACAGGACUUAGCCCAGAUGCCAUCAAAGAAGCAGCACAACUCCUUCAGAGCAUGCGAUUGGCAGCAUUGAAGCCGUACGUCAGAACGGCCACGGAACUCCUGUGCAGGGCCCACCGAGGUGAGCCCAGAGGGCUCAUAGACGGGGGGGCCACGUCGUGCCUCAGGACAGCGGAAGCUCACGAGCAGGAUAUGCCAGUGGUCGGCGUGAAGCUAGCGUUCGGAGAGUGCCAGCUGUUGGUAAAUCCCCAAGGCACGUUGUUGAGCAGAACACAUGUGUCGCCAAUCUUGUCGGUGCGAGCCUUGUUAUCUCUUGGUUUCAAGAUCGAGUGGGAUUCUUCGAAGUGUCGCAUCUGGCAUCCAUGUCGCGGGGAGUUGGAUCUUGAUUCGAGCUCCGGUUGUCCUGAGAUUUCCGAACAGGAGGCGUUGGUGCUUAUCAAGGAGUAUGAGUCUCUUAUGGAGCGUAACGAGCAUCGGAGUGCAAGGCUACACUGCAUCAUGAAAGAUCUGGAAGCGUUGGGUUUGGAUGACCUGGCUUGCAUCAUAGUGCAGCGCGAUGCUCAUGCAGAUGCGGCGAUGCAGACGCUCCUGACAAGAAUCUUUCCUGGCAUAGACCGUGAGCUGUUGUCUCAGGCGACAGUGUCGUUGCAAGAUCAGGUGAGAUCCGUCGAUGCGGGGUUCUUGGAGCAUCUGAAGAAUAAUCACACGCCAUACCGGCGAGAUCGGGAUCCCACGAUCACAGUGGAGAGCUUUGCCAAAGGAUUGGAGGACCGCGAGUGGUUCAUAAAUCAGGGGAUGGAGUUGGAGGAGCCAAUGCCGGAGCCAUCGCAGCGAGAGCUUAAGGAAGCCAGGGAUGCUUGGAGUGGCUGGGAAAAGGUUGUGAAGGCCAGUCGAGAAGAUUGGUUGCGCGAGGCCAAGGCGGAGUAUCUCCCAAGGGUGGAAAUGGUAGACAUGCUGUUUACGGAGGCGGUUGAGACUAAGAAGCAACAAGAAGUUACGGCAGCAGUAAGCAGGAUGUAUGCAAAGGCCAUAAGUGAUGGAUACGAUGUAAGGCGUGUACACACGGAUCGCGGGCGCGAGUUCAAUAAUGCAGCUCUGAAAGCAUUCUGCAGCAAGUUUGCACUGCAUCAGACCUUUGCCCUGGCAGAGGAGCAUCAGACGAACGGUAGGGCAGAGGGUGCCAUAUUGCGCAUUAAGAGUAAGACACGUGCAAUUCUUCAGGCGGCAGGCGGAGGCGACCUCAAGGAAUGGCCGUUGGCUGCGAAGUUGGCUGCUCAUCAGUUGCGGGGGGUUGCCAGAGCUCGAUUGAAGCUGCCGGCAGAACCGUACAUGGCAAGGCAUACAGAUGAGCCGUUUGCGGGCAUAGGCGUGGAUGGAACGCGCCAGCUGGCCAAUGGUACGGUACUGCAAGGCAAGGUGUUUCAGUACAAAUCGCAUGAGAAUUCCCUGGCCAACCAGCUGUUAGGACCUUCCACAGGUGGCGAGAGGGACGCGGAUAGUGUGCUCGAGUUGGGCCAUGAAGGGGAGCAGAUGCCAAUGAUGCAGAACUCGCGGACUGCGUUGUCGCCUGCCCCGGUGAGCACCUGGGGUGCACGGUAUGCAGCUAGGUGUGACGAUUUGGUUGAUGAAUGGGAUAAGGGAAUUGAGGUUGUUAGCGGAGGUGCCAGCAAAGUCACAGUCUGUGAGGUGUGUAAGUUCGUGCCGGGAGAUGUGUUUGAGGAUGAGAGUGACAAAGAGCCUCUUCCAUAUGAAGUCCCCACGGUGUCACGUGAAAUGCACAUCUGUCCUGUGUUCCAGGGUGCCCAGAAUGCGAAAUGCCUCUUAGAGCGUGUGGCGUGGCCAAUGAAAGGAUCGUUAGAGACAUGUGCCUUUGACCUAGCUGCCAAUCAUCAGGCUCGAUGCAAAAUGUUGGAGGCCUUAGGUGGGGAUGGGGACUGCUGGUUACGGGGAAUAGAGUCCGAAUGGCUUAUAGAGGUUCAACACUUGGAACGCGAGCUGAGAGCUAUGCAGGGUUAUGAGUUGAGGGCGUUACAGCGGUUGGAGGAUGCAAGUCAAGGAUCAGAGCCCCACCCAUCCUUACGAGCGUUCGAGGUUGAGGAGAACCCGCUUUCUCAGGACCAGCCUGGGCAGGAGAUGUGCUCUGGCAAUGGUGCUGAACCGUCAGACCCGGAGGAUGUGGCACCUCUUCAGUCCAAGAUCAUCUCACAGGAGCAAGUGCGUAGGGAAAUGCCUAAAUGGUGUGGUCCUUUGAAGGAGGAGUACGAUAACCUGACUAAGGACUCAGGGACGGUGAAACCGCUUACAGACCAAGAGUUUUCCGAGCUUCUGAACGACACUUCCAUUGCAUUGGAGCUCAUCCCUGGUAAGGGAGUGUAUGUGCACAAGUCGACGGGGAGGCGUCGCGCGCGGAUCGUCUGUUGCGGUAAUCACCAGAGUGGUGAGAGUCACCCGAAGUCAGAGCUGUUUGCUUCAGGGAUAGGGGGAGAAGGGAUCCGGAUGCUAGUCCGGAAAGCGGCCAUGAGACAAGAUUGGAACGUUGCCACUGCCGAUGUUAAGGCCGCCUUCCUCCAGGCUCCUGUCAUUGCCGGGCAUAGCGGUGGUAAGCCUAGGGUAAUCGUGGUAAAGGUCCCCCAUAUCUUACGGGCAUCAGGAGUGUGUUCUGAACGCUACUGGUUGGUGCAGAAGGCUAUGUAUGGCCUGGCGGUGUCUCCAAAAUGCUGGGUGACUCAUAGAAAUAAGGUGCUGCGUGACUUGAAGAUCCCCUUUCAGGGUGGUGUAGUUCGCUGUGUUCCCAUGAUGGAAGAUGCCAACAUGUGGAAGUUGGAGUGGGAUGCAGAGGCGCCUCAUGCUGUACCGGAGGAGGGGAUACCCAACGGGAUGUUGGGUCUGUUGGGACUCUAUGUGGAUGACAUCCUGACAACAGGGCCACCGAAGCUGUUGGAAGCAGUUCUUGAGUCAUUACAGUCAGCGUGGCAGCUAUCAACUCCGGAAUACCUGUCCAGUCCCGGAGACACAGUGAAGUUCAGCGGGUUUCAAGUGGAGAAGACGGGGUCAGGGUACCUCCUGCAUCAGACUAGUUAUGUGAUGGAUCUACUGGAUCAGUACCGGGAUGAUAUCCAGGGGGAAGAGACCACUCCAGCUUCAAAGACGUAUGAGGUCAGCGAGCUAGAUGACGGAGAUGAAAAACACAAAGUCACGAAGCGAGCUCAGACUUUGGUCGGACAGCUACUCUGGGUGUCCAACCGUACUAGACCAGAUUUGGCCUUUGGUGUCAGCAUGGCGGGACAGAAGAUAGCAUCACAUCCGGCAGAGUCUUUGGCCCGGGCAGAGCACUUGAUUCGCUACUUGCGUUACGCUCCGAGGAUGGGUCUGCACUACGGACCAGCUGGCGGUCGGUGCGGGAAAUGGAAUCAACUGAAGUAUCAAGAGGUUGAAGCUAGCGUCGAUGUGUUUACAGAUGCAUCGUUCUGUGCGGAUGAACAGAGCAGGAGCUUUGGCAGUAUUCAGCUGUUCUGGGCAGGGGCACUGAUAGCUUGGUCCUCAAGUCGACAGACGCUCAUCGCUUCUCAUACGGCGGAGAGUGAACUGUACUCGUUAGCAGAGGGCCAUCUAUUGGGAAAGGCAAUGAGACCGACGAUUGCCGCGCUACUGGAUCUCCCAGCUGAGAUCGAGACCGGCUUAGAGACGGGGGAGCACGUAAGUGCGAACCAGGCCCAGUCGGAAGGUUUAGAUUGGGAAUUGUCCCCACGAGCCGAGGAGGCCCUGCUGCGCAGAUACGCAGAGACCUAUGAGGAUAAUGGUUCAGGGCUGUGGGAUUUGCCGGGUCCAGUAGAUAG